UUUAUUUUUUAUUAUUCACCUGUCAAUCAUUCCAUAAAUAUGUCUGAAAAACGGAUUGCGGUGGUCCGUUGUCGAAUAAAUAAAAAUUUACACGUUGAUUGCUCCGAAAUCGAGCUCAUGAAUAUUGACGAGCUUCAUACUCUUCGCCAUGUUAUCGUCCACGCAUUUGAUGCACAGCGAUACCACGAAGAGUCAAUUGUGAAUGACCAGUACAUGUCUUGGGUACGUGGUCUAUACGAUGUAGACAUAACACUGUCCCGUCAUCGGUGGCUUCGUGGAUCGGUCUGUUUAACAAGAAAAAUGGCAUCGGAAAAUGCAUCGGCAGUCGUAGAAUCGACUAAUGGAGCCGGUGGUAGUGGUGGUCAAAAGAAGAAAAAAGAAAUAGAAACGAUAAAAAAUAGUUGGGUGAAAAAAAUGAAGACAUUUUCCCAGGCCAAGUGAAAAGAGAAACACGUGAUGAAGGAGCCCUCCAGAUCGAACCUCCAGAUCGCAAAACCACCAACCUCAAAGUAACCACAACGAGGAAACAACCUGUUCUGC